AUGGCGCACAGGGCGAUAGUGCAGGUUAUCAUCACCGGGGCGCAGGUGUUCGGGAAGGCGUUUGCCGAGGCGUACCGGCAGGCCUCUGCGCAGUCCGUGAAGCAAGGUGCGAACGAGGUGUCGCGACGGAGGGGCAGGUCCGCGAAGGAGGAGUACGGUGGGAUCACACUCGAUGAGAGUUGUAAGAUUUUGAACUUCGAUACUGCAAAACCGGAGGAGUUCUUGGACCCGGAGCGUAUUAACAAGAAGUUCGAGUACUUGUUCGGCGUGAACGAUAAGGAGAAAGGUGGGAGUUUUUACUUGCAGAGCAAGAUAUACAGGGCUGCGGAGAGGCUGAAGUGGGAGUUACGGCAGCAGGAGGCCGAGGCGAAGGCAAAGGAGACGCCGCAAGGGCCCGACGGUGGCCAAGCGUCGAAUCCUUCGCCUGGAGGUAAAGAUACGACUCAGCAACAAUAG